ACAAUAGUUUGUACUUGUAUAAAAAAAUGAGUCGCGCGCGAGAAAACUAUCGGUUUAUAACUUUCCGUUCUAACCACGGCAAUUUUGUUUCUUGAUUUCUGAACGUACAGUCUGGUCGUCGUUAUCACUGUCAUGUCAUUUUGAUGAUAAUGUUGACGUUGAUGUUUGAUGACAAAAAUUGUAGACGGAUUUGCUUCUGCAAUACAAAAUAUUAUAUUUUCAAUGUUUAAUAUUAAGUAUUCCAUAAUAAUUUCCUGAUUAUGGACAAAUAUGAUACAUCACAAAUCACAGAGUUUCCUCGUUACGAACCGGAGUCCUCUCAGAGUGGUGUGUCAACGUUCUUUAAUAAAUUAUGGAAGUUUCCAAUAUUUUCUCCGAGCGAUACAGCUGAGCAAAAUAAAGCGAUGAGCGACGGCAAAGACGCCCCUCAAGCUGAGGAUGAAAGGCAAGAAUAUGAUGUGGGGAAACCAGAGACGGGAUCAUACGCUGUAGAGCUGGAAGGAAGGAGUUUACCUAACGUUCUAAGGAGAAUAAGCAGUCUUAUUGCCUUGGGAUCUAACAGUGGUACAAAAUAUGCAGAUACCGAGCUGGCUCGGUACUGGAUGCCAGAUGAUAUAUCACGGGAGUGUUACGAAUGUGCCACGAGGUUUAGUACACUAAGAAGAAGACAUCAUUGCCGUGUUUGCGGUCAGAUAUUCUGUUCUAGGUGUUGCAGCCAACGGGUACCAGGGCACAUAUUUGGCUGUGCUGGUGGAUUGCGAGUUUGCAAUUACUGCUGCAAUGUGGUGCUGAGUUAUCUCAAGGAGAAUGACAUGACGGGAGAAAUACCUCCCGAUUUGAGGACUUUGCAGGAGAACUUACAGGUAAAAUUCCCGGAGAACAAAUCCCAGCAAGCGAGCAAGUUGCGUGACAACUUCAUGUUCGCUCGAGAACAAGAGGAACGCUGUGAAACGCGCACUUCUCAUAAGGAGGCUUUACAUGAUGUCUUCAGACAACUCACCUUCACGCUGCCUACGCAGCAGCACAGGUAUCGUCUCGUCCGCUACAAUGGAGUAUGGCGCGGUUGUGAUAUUCUCCAAUGGGUGAUGGACAACACUAACAACAAAACUAGAGCGCAGGCAACAUUAGUAUGCCAAAAUCUAUUAAGCGCAGGUUAUAUGGAAAGUAUGACGGAACUGCCUCAAUUUGCAGACUAUGCACUGUAUAAACCUUUAAUCUUACCACCAAGGGCCACAGAUGAAGAGGACGAAUCACCCGAGGAAUCAACGAGGUUGGUUGAAAGUGUGUCGUCAUACUGCCUAGAUCUAAAUCUUGGGGAGAAUUCUGCAAGGCUGAUCAAAACAGCUAAAGCAGAAAGGAAAUCUUCAUCUAGCGAAGAAGAGGCUCCAGUUAUGGAACAAAAUGAAGGGACAACAGAAGCGCGGAACAUAUGCAAAGCUAUCGUGGUGUCAGGUGAAGAGCACCUGCGGCUGCUGAUGCGGCAGUGCUUAGCUCGGCAUGCGCUGCCGGCCGCCUGGGCGCAAGUGCUGUACCCGCUGUGCCUGCACGCCGCAGACACCAUCGUGCUAGACGUGAACAGCAACGACAUAGAUGUACGAAACUACGUGCAAGUGAAGAAGGUGCCGGGCGGUACGAUGCGCGACAGCUGCGUCGUGCAAGGCGUCGUGCUCACUAAGAAUGUCGCUCACAGGGGCAUGCCUCAACAGAUAUCGAACCCCACUAUAUUGCUGUUGGAUUGUUCGAUAGCGUAUCAACGAGUUGAGGGCAAGCUAACUUCGCUGGAACCGGUGUUGAUGCAGGAGCGCGAAUACCUCGUACGUUGCGCGGCCCGCAUUAGCGCAUUAAGGCCUCGCGUCGUCCUCGUGCGAGGCGCUGCAGCACGCGGCGUGCAGGACGCGCUGCGCCGCGCCGGCGUGGCACUGGCCGCACACGUGAGGCCUAACGCCCUCGCACGUGCGGCGAGAGCUACGAGGGCCGACCCCCUCGCGUCUAUAGAUGCGAGGGUCGGCAUGCCACGGCUGGGGACUUGUAAUAACUUCUAUGUUAAAAAUUAUUCCAGUAAAACGCUAAUGGUUCUCGAAGGGUGUGCUGAACCAAAUCUAGCUUGUUGCAUUCUACUGCGAGGUGCAUCAUUACAAGAGCUAGUUAGAGUGAAAAAAGUUGUCAAAUUCAUGCUGCUAGCUUGUUAUAACUGGAAACUAGAAAAAGCAUUUCUAGGAGACAUUGAAGCUAUCCUGCCAGAACCAGGCAUGACGUUUGACGAUGAUGUUAACGAACCAGACAUUACCAAAGAUGACGGAGCAAAAACUGAUAUUACAAACAACGAUACUCAAAAUACUGAAACAGAAAAAGAUACUGAAAGUCGUCAAGACUCGUUUAACGAAGAAUCUAGAAAGAGUAACGAAACUGACAGCAAUGAAUCUUCGAGAUCUGACAAUAUAUUUACUAACUCGAAUGUUAAAGAUAAUGCGAAAAGUGAUAAAGACGAUACUAAUAUUAAGGAAGACACAAAUAAUAAAGAAGGUAGUCAAAAUGAGGUUAACCAUAAGAAUUCUGUUGAAGAUGAUCCAUUGCAGAAUACGAAGUUAUUUGCUCGUAAAACUGACAGUGACAAGACGUUGAGUUGUGGUGUGCCUAUCAGAGAUUUUAGUGAUCCAUUGCGUGCUACGCUGUCGGUUGAUGAUGACGUUUUCUUACCUAAGGAGGAAGCUAAGCUGAAAGCCGAUACGCAUACCGAUCGCUGGUCAACAGACGACGUAGUGCUGUCAAUGUCUCCGAACAUGAUAAUCCCGGCGCCGUACCUGGAGACGGAGGCGGGGCGGCGCUGCGGGCUGCGCGGGCAGUUCCCCGCGCCGCUGCUCCCCGCGCCCGCGCCGCACACGCCGCGCCCGCCACGACACGAGCACAGGCCCACGCACGACCAGACGGAGCUCAAGGAGCUCCAUCCAUUCGCUACGAUGGCUAUAGCGGCGCCGGCCGACGACCCGACACUCAAAGCCGCACUCGCGAACUACCGCGCCACCGGCUGUCGACUUGAUAACGAUAAACAUAAACCUCAAUGUCCCCUCUACAAACCGUCAGUACUAAAGAAAGUAAAGGAACCAGAACAGGACGCUAGCGAUAAGCCGAGCGACAACGAACCGCUCGACCCUCUAGCGCCCGAGAACCAUCAGCAACUGAGCCUGUUGUUGUACAGCUUCAGCAACAAGUCCGCUAAUGUGCCUGACUUCUGUGUUAAUCCCUGGAUAGUGACAAUGGAGAUGUACGGUCGUCACGACAUAUCUCUGGGCGCGUUCUUAGAGAAGUACUGUUUCAACGGCGACUACAAGUGCACAUCGCCCAACUGUAAUGUGCCCAUGAACCAACAUGUUAGAAGAUUCGUGCACGGCGAUGUGUGCAUCACUAUAACGUGCAACACCAUCGGACACAGCAACGUCGACAAAAUCAGGGAGGAGCAGAGCAAACAGGUGAUGUUCUGGUCGCGCUGCGAGCAGUGCGGCUGGAGCGGGGCUGCGCGGCGGGUGUCGCGCGCGGCGCUGGGCCUGUCUCUCGGCGCCUACGUGCGCGCGCGGGCGCAGGCGGCGCGCUACGUGCGCGCGUGCCCGCAUCCGCUGCACGCGCAUGCUCAUGCCUUCGUGCAUCACCUUACUACGGCCUGCUUUAGGUACAGCAAAAUAACGCCGUACGAGAUCCAACUACCGCCCGAUAUGAUAUCUAUAAACUACGACACCAAACAAAUGAGGGACAGUCUCAUCUCACAACUAAAUGAACUCGUGCAAAAAGGUCAUGAGAUUUUCAGCGGUCUAUCCGACGGUGAUGCGGAUAAAGAUUACCAAAGCUUCAAGCAGCACAUGGAACAAAUACACCUCGCGUUAACUUCAGCUAGCCUGCAAGAGAACAACACUACCGCUGGUGUAGUACGUAGUCUGUGGAGUGUGUCAGAUCGCAUCAUCACGGGAGAGAAGAUGCUGCGAGAUGCACAAGACAAAUGGUCCAGCCCGCCCGCUAAGACUAAACCACAGCCUGAAAACGCCGUUGAAGAUAAAUCUGAUCUCGACGACUCUUCAGGCGAUGACGGCAGUAAAGAAAACUCAGGUACAACAUAUUUGUUCAACUCGGAUAACAACAAGGACUCGGAAAAAGAACAUACAGGCACGGAAGAAGAUGAGGAAAAAGGCGACAAAAAGACGGUUCGGCAGAUUUUGUCGCAACUGCUGUCCAAUAAUCAACCAGCUAAUCAGAGCGGCAUGGUGCUGUGCAGCGGCGUGGUGCCGGUAGCAGUCCGGGCAGGCUCGCUGGGCUCCGUGAUCGCCGCCACGCUCGCCUCGCUCACCUACCUCACCUACCGACGCACGCAGCAGCGCCACAACACUCAAACGGAACAAGAAGAAAAUGAGAACACGAAUUCAACAGGCAAGGAGAAAACCGAUGGAGACAAGUCGAAAGUGGCCAAGUCUAAUGAUCAUGUUGAAGUACUGCUCAAGGACGGUCUAGUAUGUCGCGUGUACUACGCGUCUCAGUUCCAGCGUCUCCGUCAUCAGCUGCUGUCGCCCCUCAGCGCUGAACAUCAUUGCAGCUGCAACGAUGACGCUAAAGACAGAAUUGAUAGUAACCAUAAAGGUCUGUGUGAGAUAGAAGAGGGCUUCAUUCGUUCACUCGCGCACUGCGUCCCGUGGGCAGCGCGAGGCGGCAAGUCCGGAUCUACCUUCUGUAAGACUAAAGAUGAUAGAUACGUGCUGAAAGAGAUGACGAAGCCGGAAUGGCAGCAGUUCUUAGACUUUGCACCACAUUACUUCGGAUACGUCAACAACUGCCGGCAGAAUAAACUGCCUAGCUUAUUGGCCCGCAUCCUCGGCGUAUACAGCGUAGGCGGGGCGGGUAACGGCGUCCUAGUGAUGGAGAACGUGUGGUACGGCUGCAGCGGCGCCGCCACGCGCUUCGACCUGAAGGGCUCGUCGCGCCACCGCCUCGCGCCGCUCGCGCCACAAGCUGCUAACGCCGUGCUCAUGGACGAGAACCUGCUUAAUUUGCGUUGGGAGAGUCCCCUGUAUAUCCAGUCUCACACGGCGAGCGUCCUGUUCGCGGCCGUCGAGCGAGACACACACUUCCUCACCUCACACACUGUGAUGGACUACUCGUUACUGCUCGGCGUCGACGGGAACACGCUCGUGCUUGGCAUUAUUGAUUACAUCAGAACAUUUACCUGGGAUAAGAAGCUGGAACACUUAGUGAAAAAGAACCUCGGUUCAGGGCAGCCCACCGUGGUGUCUCCCGAACAAUACAAGAGUCGGUUCUGCAGCGCCACCAAGAAGUACUUCCUGCAGUGCCCCGCACAUUGGGACCAUUUGUACAACACUAUACAUGGGUAGACUCGGGGGUCGGUUGUAACAAGCUUACGUCCAUUUGUACGUUCUGGUUUGUAUACGAAGAAUUAUUUUAGGACAAAAAUUAUAUCAAUGUGUUUUAUUGUUCAGUUUUGUCAUCAAUUUUAAUUGAAAUAUAUAUCACGUUUAGGUUACAUCAUAAUUUUUGAAGGCAAGUGGCUGCAAGUCUCCUGUAUAAGAAUGACAGCUUAAUUAUAUUAACCGGUCACAAAAUGUGAGGUCUCCAGGCAGCUUAUGAAGAAAUAUUACAUAACAUUAUAAAUAUGAAUUCAGAACACUAUUUACAUAGAUGAUGUGGUAAAUUAAAUCGAAUAUCAAACAAAUUAUGCAGAUUGUAAUAAAAACAUUACUGUUUUUUUUUAUUUUGUACAUGGUACAAUAUCAGAUUUUUUAAAUGAUACCCAGUGAAUUUCACAUCUGGUUAACAUUUUGCUAGCGAAAUGUUUGUGUAGUCUGGCCUUAUAAAUAUUGUGUACAUAUUCUUCCGAAUUGUAAUAUAUUUACAAAUAUAUAAUAAUAACUUUAACCUGUUCUGUUGAUCUGAAUGUGCAAUAAAAGUGCAAAACUCACAAAGAUAUUAUUUGUAAUUAAAUAAAUAAAUUAGCAAAAUUAUGUUAGAAAUAAAAAGCCUGCGCUUAGCGAAUAAGAAAGUAUUAAUAUAAUUUAUACAACACACA